GGAGGAUUUUGCUGCCACGUCAAAGAAUUGCACUUCGAAGUGUGUACAUUUCUCUUGAUUCUUUGCCAUAUUCUAGAAAGAAGAAGAAGGUCGGAGAGAAUCGGCAUGGAGAGCGCGUCGGAAUUGGUGGCGUUCCCGCUGCUGACGACGCCGAUUGAGUCGAAUUACAGAGCGUGCACCAUUCCCUACCGGUUCCCCUCCGAUAACCCUCGCAAGCCCACCCCUACGGAGCUCGCUUGGAUCGACCUUUUCCUCAAUUCUAUUUCCUCCUUCAAGAAACGAGCAGAAAGUGAUCCUACAGUUCGUGAUGCUAAUACUAAAGCUGAAAUUUUCGCUCGGAGGUAUUCUGAACUACUUGAGGACUUCAAGAAAGAUCCUGAGGCUCAUGGAGGGCCACCUGAUUGCAUUCUUCUGUGCAGACUUCGUGAGCAAGUCCUUAGAGAAUUAGGAUUCAAGGAUAUAUUCAAGAGAGUGAAGGAUGAAGAGAAUGCAAAGGCUAUAUCCCUAUUUGCGGAUGUAGUUCGUCUUAAUGAUGCCAUUGAAGAUGGAGGCAAGCGUCUGGAGAAUCUGGUGAGAGGAGUAUUGGCGGGAAACAUAUUCGAUCUCGGUUCUGCACAGCUUGCAGAGGUUUUCUCAAAGGAUGGAAUGUCCUUUUUAGCUAGUUGUCAAAAUCUUGUCCCUCGACCUUGGGUUAUUGAUGACUUGGACACUUUCAAAUUGAAAUGGAGCAAGAAAUCUUCGAAGAAGGUUAUCAUUUUUGUUGAUAAUUCCGGUGCAGAUAUCAUUUUGGGUAUUUUGCCAUUUGCAAGAGAAUUACUACGACGUGGCACGCAGGUUGUUUUGGCAGCCAAUGACUUGCCUUCUAUAAAUGAUGUAACUUACCCUGAACUGGUUGAGAUUAUAUCAAAGCUGAAGGAUGAACACGGGCAGCUCAUGGGUGUUGAUACUUCAAAUCUAUUAAUUGCCAAUUCUGGUAAUGAUUUGCCGGUUAUUGAUCUAGCGAGAGUUUCACAAGAACUUGCCUAUCUAGCAAGUGAUGCAGACCUGGUUAUCAUGGAAGGGAUGGGUCGUGGAAUAGAGACAAAUCUUUAUGCACAAUUUAAGUGUGAUUCCCUCAAGAUUGGGAUGGUUAAACAUCCAGAGGUCGCCCAGUUUCUUGGAGGACGGCUUUAUGAUUGUGUCUUCAAAUACAAUGAAGUUUUAAGUUUAUAAAUUAUAAUGCCAUUCUUGUACUUCUAUUUCUGAUUGUUCAGAAUUAGCCAUGCAAUACACUAGCGUUCGGUGUCAUUCAAAGAAGAAUGAUUUCUUUGAACUUUUUAAGUCUUAAUUUUUUUUUUUUUUUGGAUGAAUAAAGUUUUGUCACUUUUAUAAAUAA